AUGGGAAUCUACCGAAUGUACACCGGCGACGACGGCCAGACCCACAUCGAGGAACAGAGCAUCGCCGACCACCCCGAAUUGUCCAACCCAAGGAACGUCACCACGAUCAGCUUCUCCGAGCGGGACUCGGGACACUUCAUCGACUGGCACCCGGCGCCGCGCCGCCAGUACGUCAUCUGCGUACAGGGUGGCAUCGAGAUCGGCAUCGGCGACGGGUCGGUGCACCAGUUCGGCCCCGGCGACGCACUCCGCGUCUAUUCCGGCGACGAUGGCGAGUCCCAUUUCCAAGUGGUGACUCCCGAGGAGUUCGCCGAGAUUGCCAAGCGCAAGGGCAGCGGCGACGUGCAGCUGAACAACCGCCCGUCGCCCUCAUUCUCCGACUACCACACUGCGCCGCGCCGCCAGUACGUGGUUGGCCUGAGCGGCCUGUCGGAGUUCGAGUGCGCCGACGGCACCAAGUACCAGAUGGGCGUCGGCGACAUACUGGUCGCCGAGGACCUGACCGGCCACGGCCACAUCGCUCGCGGCUUGGGCGACGAGCCCCGGGUCCUGCUGGCCGUGCCCCUGGCCGACUGA